GUUUGCUCUCUCGUUCUCGCGUUCCCCUUCCAGUCUCGCUCGAUUCUCGUGGCGCGUGGACGUUUGCGUAGCGCCAGAAAAUAUAUCACGGUUUCCUUCUUUGUCCAGAAAUUGUAAUCUGGAACCGAAGGAGCAAGCUCGUGCUUGCGUACACGUUUGAAAACUUACCGUUGCGUGUGUGAAAUAACUGGUGAAAUCUGCUGGUGUAUCCCGUCGUGUGUGUGCGUUCAGUGAUUCCCGCAUAGUCGUUCGAGCAUGAAUAAUAAAGAAGCAGCCGGUGAUCUCGUCGCGUGGAUCUCGGGUGCGAGCUGGUGACGGGAGCGGAGUGCGGGUGUCGUGGGGUCCCUGUGAUGAGUCUGCGGUGACGGCUCGCCGCGGAGCGGUUGGAUGGCGGCAGUGACCGGCCCCGCGCGGCACUCUCGCGUGUCAAUGAGUGUGUCAAUGUCGCUGAUGCAGGGCGGAACGCCGACCGCGUCGCAGGGCGCCAUCCUGGCGGCGGCGGCGCCCUACUACCAGACGCCGGCCAUCCCCUCGGAUGUUCAGCCCGACCGGCCGAUCGGCUACGGCGCCUUCGGUGUCGUAUGGGCGGUAACGGACCCGCGCGAUGGCCGGCGUGUGGCACUGAAGAAGCUGCCCAACGUUUUCCAGUCGCUCGUCUCCUCCAAGCGCGUCUUCCGCGAGCUCAAGAUGCUGUGCUUCUUCAAACAUGAAAACGUACUAUCGGCGUUAGACAUCCUUCAGCCGCCCACGCUAGACUUCUUCCAAGAAAUAUACGUGAUCACGGAGCUGCUACAGAGCGACCUGCACAAGAUCAUCGUCUCGCCGCAACACCUCUCCGCCGACCACAUCAAAGUCUUCCUGUACCAAAUACUCAGAGGUCUAAAGUAUCUACACUCGGCUCGGAUCCUUCACCGCGACAUCAAGCCCGGCAACCUUCUGGUGAACAGCAACUGCGUGCUCAAGAUAUGCGACUUCGGGCUGGCCAGGGUCGAGGAGCCUGACGCCAGCAAGAACAUGACGCAGGAGGUGGUGACGCAGUACUACAGGGCACCUGAGAUCCUAAUGGGCGCCAACCACUACACAGCGGCCGUGGACGUUUGGUCGGUCGGCUGCAUAUUCGGCGAGCUCCUAGGCAGGAGGAUCCUCUUCCAGGCUCAAAGCCCAGUACAACAGUUGGAGUUGAUAACGGAGCUGCUAGGCACGCCAUCGCUGGAGGACAUGCGGCACGCGUGUGCCGGCGCGCGCGCACAUAUGCUAAGGCGUGCGCCGCGUCCGCCUGCGCUCGCUGCACUCUACACGCUCUCCGUACAAGCUACGCAUGAGGCUGUACAUCUGCUCGCUCAGAUGCUAGUGUUCGACCCGGCGAAGCGCAUCUCCGUGGUGGACGCGCUCGCGCACCCGUACCUGGAAGAGGGCCGGCUGCGGUACCACUCGUGCAUGUGCCUGUGCUGCUACAGCGCGCCGCCCGCCGCGCGCCACUACUCGCCCGACCUCGAGCCCGUCGCCCAGCAACCAUUCCACGACGCAUGGGAGCGCAAGCUCACUUCCGUGCACCAGGUCAAAGAGGAAAUCCACAAGUUCAUAGCGGAGCAGCUGCAAACGUCGCGCGUACCGCUCUGCAUCAACCCGCAGUCGGCGGCGUUCAAGAGCUUCGCAAGCUCCACCGUGGCGCACCCCAGCGAGCUGCCCCUCGCCGCACCAGUGGGAAUGACACCGCCUCCGCGCCGCACACCCGCGACACCCGCACCCGGCCGACGUCGCCACCACGCGAUAACCCGCACCGGCGCACAGCCGGCGCGGGGACCACGGGACCCGUGUCGUACACCAUACAUCUCCGCCAGCUCACCGUCCGUUGUGUGCGUGCGCGAUGACACGAUUCGCUGGGCGCUCGCAUAUACGCAGACACGAGACCAUCGUUCUAUGGUUCAUAAGACUGCGGUCUACUAAGACAACGUUAUCAGAAAUAUGCCUGGGAUCGCAGUGGAAAUACGAUGUCACGCGUACUCAUUGGUAACGACAUCCACGGAACUUUCUACGGUUCUCAUAUGAUCGCAGUCGACUAGAAAAGGUCAUCAUGCAUGUACAUAUUGUGCCCUGGAUAUGAUGUCGAAAACCCCCCGUGCACUAGCCCUCAAGGAUCCAGCUGCGUCGCGUUCCAACGGUGAUACGGAACGAAUUAAUAGUACUUUCAAAGAGGUUUCGUUUUAGCAGUCGUUUCUUACGUUUUAAAAUAAGAAUGUGAUAGAACGCGGAGCUUUCUUCUUUGUUUAGAUCCAUCGCGUGAUCUUAGUGAACGUUCUGUGCGGAUGCUAAUACAUUUUGAAAUUGAUGUAAUAAUUUUAGUUUUAUGUACAAAACGAAUGUAAAUGAUGAUGUAACCGAUCGGCACAGAACAAACUAGUCCUUUCGCUAGAUUGUGUUUCAAGAUUCCUUUGAUUUGCUUUCAAAUAAAAGUAUAAGCGAUAGCUAUCUGUAACUAAAGUGUAAAAAACCGCACCAUACCUCAUCGCGAUAAUAUUAGAAACGCAUUCGUGUUAGAUGUAAUUACCCAUUUAAUUAGAAUUCCUGCACGAAUUGUUACAAAAAGUUACUGAAUUUUGGGGAACAACUAUAGCAAAAAGUAUAGUAGAAUCGCAGCGAGACUCCUUAUCAAUUAAAAUGAUAAUGAACAUUCUACUUUUGCUAUAGUUUUCACCACAAAAUUACAAUCGAUGACAAUGAAAACUCUCGAUAACAAUCGUGCAGUGGUGAAAGCAAAACGAGGAUCUGUUAACGCUAAAUGUGACGUCACUCUACCAAAUAUAUUUUGUCCUAUUUACUUAGCGUAGAGUAUAGCGUUGUGUGGGUAGUUUAGCUUAGAGAGCAGACGAGUACUGCGACACAACGAAUGUCGCCUCGACGACAAUUAAGUCAUCUUUUAAGUGAAAAAGACACGGUGAAAGUGAAGCUGCGGCUUAACGGACUAUGUAGGAGAACCUACGAAGUAAGAUGACUUGAUAAAGGUACGAAAGGUAUCUUCGAUAACCUUUAGUCUAGUUAUGUUCAUUAAUUUAGCGAUUCCAUGUAAUUAUACAUAUGUAUGUAAUUAAUGUGUAGGUUUCAUUGUGUGCCUCAUUGUGUUUCGUAUGGACAUUGCUAGCAAUAAAUGUUGCAAUAUACCUAUAAUUAAUUAUUAAUGCGUAAUCGAUUUGAAUUUCAUUUUAUGUGACCGAAUUAUUGGACAAUUGAUUUGUUUGUGUUCUGUGCGUUUAAUAUGUGGGGAAGGGUCGCCGGGUGGCGCGUACUUAACGUGCCGCAGUUAUUGACGGACUCGCGACGAAUCUCGGCCGCCAGCGCCUCUUCCUCAUCUGUAACAUAAUAUUGUAUCUUAAGCUUACUCCUAAACACCAUUGUAUGUAACAUCGACUGAACAUUUUUACGUAGCUAGGAUAGAUAGAAUUAGAAGUAUUAAAACUACUAACCCACUCUAUACGACAAGUAUAUAAAUAGCAAACGAGUUCUCGCGAUCGCUGCGGUAGUGAGACGUAUAGGGGAUGUAAAUGUAAUGGAUACAUGUGUAUUUCGAGCAUUUAUAGAUUUAGAGGUUUGUAAUAAGUAUACUGGGGUGUGUUAGUGUGCGUGGUCGCGUAGUUUCUUCAUUGGCGAGUAUCGUAUGAAUAAUCGUACAGUAAUUAGUUCAAAAUUGAUGUUAUAUUUGUGUUGUACUCACGCCGCUAACAUAUGACUAGAAUAGUGACUUUGUGUGAGUGUCGAGAGACGUCGUAGCCUUAAAACUAGUUCAAAACUAUAACAAAAUGAAAAAAAUGUAAAUAAAUGAAAGUAUAGUAUUAUUGUUAGGCCCUAGUUGGGAGGUAAGCCUUGUAGCAAACCCACACAUGUAUUUAAAGUUCCACUGCUUGUUGCAACCGUAGCGUUUCAAAGCUAAAGUAUUUAUUGUGGGAUCUAGUUGUAAAAAGUGUAUUUGUAUAUUUAGAUCAAUUUGCCAACGAGAAUUAAUUAUAUGUUUUUAUUCAUUCCAUCGACAUACGACUAAUUUGUCGUUCUGUUUUUAGAUCGGAAAAUACCAUUAUAUACGACGAUUACUAUGACCUUUUGCGUUACGAAAAGGCACUGUAUCUAUCCUCGGUUGCAGCAAGCAGCUAUGUUUGAAAUUAUUUGCUAUGAACGUGUCGUAACUAAAAUUCUAACACCUCAGGAGGAUUGAAUAUGCAUUGUGCAAGUUCAUGGAAUAAUUUCAAGUAUAAAGGUACUGCAACAGGCUCUGGUCCGUGCGCGGACGCCUCGCCUUAGUUAACUAACACUGUGAUCCGCUAGGCGCAAUUAUUGGAACGGGGCCGCUACAAGCUCUAGCGAUUUUACAGUACUCUCCAUCAGUGGUCGACAGAACCACAUGUGUUGCGUCAAAUGGGUGUGAACUCUCAGUAGGUAAAGCCUUGUUUACUAGCCGACGCCGCACGCUACUUACAGCGUCAUAUUGUAUGCAAAAAGCAGAAUAUUAUGCUGAAUGUUGCUCACACACUUUUAAUAUAAAAUUGUGGCAUUGUCGACCCUCGAAGCUGAAUAUCGUGUAUAAAUAAAGAAUUAAAUUAAAGCUGUACUUUGACCUUAUAUAAUAUGAUUUGUAUACCCAUUUUAAUAAAAAUUCAGUAUUCCUAAUUCUGAAUUGCGAUUUAUGCCACCUGAUAAACGUAUUGCGGCCUUCAUGAUCAGUAGAAUAUACAUGCCUCUGCAUACAACUUAGCAAGCAGCUUGUAUGUCAGAUUUAUAGUUUGUUGUAUCAAAUAUAUCUAUCCUUUUUGUUGAUAUAUCGCUAUGGCUUGUAGCUGCCUCGAUACACACCCGUAUACUGUCGCUCUUUGUAUGUGACAAUGUAUGUACAUAUAGUCAAGUGAUUAUUUACCGUAUUUACAUAUUGGUUUUAGAAUUCGCUUACCGAUCGACUUUUGUAAGCAAAGUGUAUUGCAGUCUAGUCUCUAGAUUUUAAACUACAUGACAUCACAUUUGUAAUACCGUAAGGUAUUUAUAGGGCUAGACUGGGGUAUGCUUUAGAUAUAACUUUGUAAUGACGUUCGAUUGGAUGUAUGUAAAUAAGAAUAUAUUAAGUAGACGCAUAGAGGUAAUCGGCGUUUGUAAAAGGUUAGGUGCGCUCGCGCACACGUGGCGCCGGCGAACACGCUUCUUUAUGUCCCGAACAUACUUGAACACGGCACUUCACUGGAAGAAAUUAGCAUUGAAUUAUUAUUGAAAGGUAAUUGUUGAAUGAAGUUGUGUUAGAAGAUGUUUAGAGUCUUAUGAACGGCUGGGGUUAAAACAAAGUUCAAUUCAAGACUCCCCGGUGAUUUCAGACCGACUAGUGGACAAGAAAGAAAAAUUCUAUAAUAAAAAAAGGUUUUGACUUUCAAUUUCGUUUUUUUGCGCAAUAGUCGUUCUGAGGACCUGUAGGUAAGGGGGCCAGCUAGCACAAACAACUUUGUACAGUUAUCCUUCGUUAAUUAUAUUGCUUUCUCACCUGUUGGCGGCGGUGAAGCCCCCUUUGCGAGCAGAUCUGCGUGCUUAGUCAUUCAAUUACCUCAUUUAUUAGUGCGCCGAUAUAUAAUAACAAAAGGCAGUCUCAAAUUUCUCUCCGGGCAUUUAUGGUACCUAAGUUUAAAGCAAACAAUUUUUUUUUCUAUUUUAGUCAUUGUUGAGAGCCAAUCGGUCCUCGCUGGAGAUACGGGCGGCCGGUUGCUCUUUUUGAACUUCACUAUAGUUAAGUUAGUAUGGAUACAAGUGCUAAAUUCCUUCCCAGUGCGGUGCGUGGUCUAGUGUGGUCGGGCUUAUGUAAUGUACGUAUCGCGUUUCCAGACUUUCAGAGAUCUCGUAUUGUUUAAGUUCCGCGUACACGACUGUCUUCACAUACACAAGUGAUCUUUAGUUGUAGUUAGUUUCCUUCUCGGCCAGUCCACGGCUUUUCUACUAUUAUAAUAAUUUACUCGAAUUAAUAAGUCACUCGUGGGCUCGUCCCCGUUUUAAUUCAAUUGUGUAAAUAUUAAAUAGUAAUAAUUACUUAAGUUUCUUUCAAUAACGAUCUUAGUUUUUACUCAAUACCACCACGAUUUAUGUUAAUUUUAAUCCUGAUUUAUACUUAAAAACUAAAAAAAAAAUACAAAAAAUGAUAAAAUGUCGUAUUUUCUUGUGAUUCUUUUCUAUUUACCAGUCGUAAUGUACAUAGUAGGUAUUCUGUGCACUGAUAGUCGGUUUUAAGUUACUCUAACUCUAGGUUAAAAUAUCAAAUGGCUGUAUUAAUUCUCGUUAUAUCGCCCAAGACAAAAUGUUCACUUAUAAGACUUAGUAGUUGGAAUGUUCGCUUGACGUCGGGACCUCUGUCAACGUUUCCUAUGUAUAGUUUGUUUUAUUUUAAUUUUGUAACGGACUGUAGUUUAGUUCCGAAAUGUGACAGAGUGUGUAAUGUAAAUAUAUGGUACGUGUUUCUGUCGUGUACGGAAUUAGUUGCAUUUUACCAUUGUUGCGACCUGCCAAAACUAUUGUAAUAAUUUUGUAGCGAUAUGAUCGCGAGCAUUGCGUUACCACUGAGCUAAUAAGGACCCUAGAUGUGAGUUGAUGAACAAAGAUCGACAAGGGUGGGCUAUUUACCUUCUGAAGUCAUAUUAUUAGGUGAAUGUCUCACUCUUUCUGAGUUGAGUGAUAAGGUUCAGUUUGUAACGCGCUGGUCGCGACGUAGGCGCGAGCUAGCAGCUGUAACAUCGGGCUCGCGAUACUGUAACAAUAAAACUACUGCAUAAUUA